UUGGCUCACUUUUGGACUUCCGGCACCAGAUCGAACAUGGCUGCCGUUGAAGACCAAUAUUUUUACGAAGAUGAAGUUUACCGUAUUGACAAACGUGGACAAAUUGAAUUUGGGAUGGUUCUUGAAAAUUCCGAACUUGUUAGCAGCGAUGAAAAUUCCGAACCUGAAGAUGGCCCCGGGAUGAAGAAGGGGCAAAUUAGAGUAGCAUGGCACCCCUCGGGAGUAGAAGAAGUCAUUUCUGAGAAGAAGGUUGGAUUGGCAGACCGUUCUUUGAUGCCAGGAGAUGUUGUCAGACGAAUGAUCAAAGGGAAAGACACCCAGCGGGGUUAUUGUCGCGACAUAAGUGUUACUGCCUGUGUUCAAGUUGUUGGAACUAAGCAAGUAAUCCCCAAUGUGAAGAGUGAGCACUUGGUUCCUCUAGAGGAAUUUGCUGAAGAUAUUGCUGUGUGUUUAGAUUCUUGGGUUGGUGGUAUUAAAAUGGUUCAUUCAAAACUCCAUCUGUAUCUUCCUGAUGCUGGUCCAGGUUCAAGAUGUGUUAUCAAUGAAUUGGAAGCCAAUGGAUUAGAUGAGUUUGAUGAAAAGAAAGAUCCUGAUUCAGAGUUUCCCCAUAGGAGUGAUUAUUAUCCAGGACAGGUUCUGUAUGGUCCUUUACAUUGCCUCGAGUAUGCUAAUUGGACUCAGUGCACAAAAGAUAUGAAAGCUCAAAGGAGUAAGCCCAAUAAGGUUGUCCAGGUGGUUGUUGAGGGUGUUGAAACUACAUCUGUAGGAGUUCAUUGGCAGUGUCGUGCCUACUCUAAAGAUGGUGCUGGAAAUGAUAAGGAACAGCCGAAGUUUCUUGUGCAAGGUGAAGAUUUAAAAAGACUCAAGCUACUCAAUGUUUUUGAACCCUGCACUCUGCAAGUUGGUGAUCGAAAUUAUUACACUUUCCGAGAGGAGGAUACCGUCAUAACAAAAGAGCACUGGAAACGUAAUCAACGUGAAUUAUUUCGACCUACGCCCAAAGAGCGGGACCGUGGUACUGACAACCAAAAUCAUUGUCGUCGCUCAUCUCAGAAACAAAUCAUAUUAAAUGGACCGGCAACCAAACCAUCAGCUGCAGAGCAGCUUCACAAUUCCACCAAGACCAAUCUCCGUCCAACUAGAACAACCCAAGAUAUUGAUAUAAUGUCAUGUCAGGACUCUAAGGCAGCUGACUCUGGUGUAGCUCGGGUCAAGGAACCUGUAACAGAACAAAUUAGGAAAAAGAGGUCUGCAGGAGAGUCCAAAUUAAGUUAUAGUCGGCAAAAGCUACCAGAAACAUCAACCAAAGCUGGAUCUCACUCAUCCAAGAGAUUGGCUACUGGAGAACAUAGAGUUGAGGACUCUUCACAUUUAAAUAAAUGUGAUGGAGUGAGUCAGGAAACUACUUCAGAGGACCAGAUGUGUGAAGCAUCUGGUAAUAAAGGAUGUUCUUUAGUGAAAAGCCAUAAUGUUAACACUAGUCAAUUGGGUACUGAAGUUGAUCAUGAAGAUGAUUAUAGCACUUCUGAAGAAACAUCUAUCAGCAGUGGUUGCAGUAGUACUGGUUCUUUAGGUCUGAGAAAGAAAGGACCAGCACUUAUGACCAAGGUGCUAAAAAAGAAGAAGUUGCGAAGAGCCAAGAAAAGGGCACCACAGGUAUCUUUAGAGCCUGGGACAAGGGUAGUGGUUGAAACCCUGUCUACAUCCUCUGUGGCUGAUGUGAUCUGGCAGGAUGGAUCUGUGGAGCGUGGCAUUCCCUCAACUCAGCUGUAUCCUAUUCAUCACUUAGAUGAUCAAGAGUUUUUUCCUGGAGACUUUGUUAUUGAAAACAAAGAUGAAAAUUCAUGUAUGAGAGUCUAUGGUGUUAUACAAAUGGUUGACCAUGCUGGUCGGACUUCAAAAGUUAAAUGGUUUAAAACCUACACCUCUAAUGAAGAACCACAACCUACCUUGCUGGAAGAAAAUGAAGUUAGUGUGUACGACUUGAAGGAUCACCCGGAUUUUCAGUAUCGCCCUGGCACUGUUGUCAUUCGUGUUGCCAAUUUUGAAGGAGAAGAUGUGAACUGUACAGCUGGGCAGGUCCUGGACAACUAUCCUGAAGGACGGGUUAGAGUAUGGUGGGUUGAUGGCCACAUCUCAAUGUGUUGGCCUCAAGAUUUAUACAAAUGUGGAGAAUAUGACUCAGAGGAUGGAGAACUGUGGGAAGACACUAAUAGUGAAGCAUCAUGGGAAACUGAAAGUGAAGACACUGUUGCUGGAGAGGGUGAAAUUGAGCCAGAAUACGAAUCACUUCGCCCAAAACUUGCAGCUAAUAUAGAGAAGGCAAGGAUCGCAAUGUCACGGUUAGAAGAGAUAUUCACUCAAAAUCCUGCUCUUCAAAAUACAGAUGUCAUGAGGAGGCUUCUUGAGGUCUACAAGGACUGUCGGUACCUUGACAAACUUAUGAAUACAUCAUUCUUUCAUGAAAAACAUUUUGAAGGAUUGUUAGAGAAAGUACGUGAAAGAGGCAGGGUUAAUGUUGCACAAAGAGUCGCUGACCAAGUAUCACGACUGUUUCAUCCAAAUAGUUCAAGUACACCUCUGUCAGACCCUGAUUCAGAGGCUUUCCCUGAAUUAGCUGUUACACUGCAGUUGGCUGAACAAAUCAAUGAACUUGUUCAAUCUCAGUUCUCUGCUUCUCAAAUGCCUCCUAAGAACUCCAAUUAUUUCUUGGAUAAGUUAUAUGAACAUCACUACUCCUUGAAAAAAGUUUCUCAGCACAUCAGACAACUGUUUCAAAACUCUUUGUGCCCUCGCAACGCCUCUCAAGACAAAGAUGCUUGCAACAAUGAAAAACAGGAUGGACCAAGUGCUAAUGAAAGAUUCCGAGUUCUUGGUGAAGCCAAAUUCAAUGCUUGUGACUUUGGUGGCAGUGACUCCAGCAAGACUUAUACUUUAAGGCUCAUCUUUGUUCACCCUGAUGAUAAUUCCUCCUCCCCUGUUAAAUCUACAAAUGCUGGAGGUGCUUCCACACCAUUGUGUACAUCACCAGCAACUCAAGAUACAUCCAAAAAUAUUGAAGAGUUUGAUUCAGAAAAUGAUGCCAGUGAGCACCCUAUUCAUCAAUUGGAUGAGGGUGAUCGAGAGCACCAAUCUCUUCCAGAGAAAAUAACAUCUGGUGAAUUCUUGGCUGAAAGUCUGUCAAGCUUAGAGAAAAGGGUGUCAGUUGCAGCAGCAGCAGCUGUAGCACCAGGGUCUACAAGGAGACUUGCAAGAAAGAUGUCUGUUAUUCUUAGUAAAUUUGGCGGCAGUGUUAGAUGUGAGCUUUUAGUAGGAGAUGAAGUUGUUUAUAGUAAAGAUCUUGGAUCACCAAGAUCACGUACUAACCAGAGCUCUUCAGCUCAGCCAUCUCCUAGUAAAAUCAAUUCACUUGAUUCUUCGAGGGAGGAAUCGUCUACUUCAGCCCAAGCAGUUGAAGAAAUGGCUAUUGCAUCAUCCUCUGAUGCAGAGGAUCCUGCAGAUGCUGCUAAUAGCAAUAAUGCUGUAUGUGUAAGGCUUUGUUCAUUAAUUAAAGCUCAACUGGUCAAAGCUCAUGCUGAAGUUACACGGAGGUAUGGAGGUCAACAAUUGCCGAUGACUUUGAGUGACGCUGCCAAUUCUGUCUCUCCUGGAAGUAACCCUGGUGAAGUUGUUGAAAUUUCUACCCCUGUAGUUCCAAGUGUACCAAACAUACCUGGACCUGAAGAAGUAAUUGAAGACACACCACCUCCGGAUUUGAAUAUUUCUACACAAUCUACAGAGUCGGAAAAUUUGCCUGAUGCCAGCAAUGCUCCUUCCACUUUGCCUGAUGAGAGUGAUAAUGGCAGUUUCUCAAUUGAGGAUAAUGCACCAAUUAGUCACAAAUUCAAACUCACCAUGUUCCAACCUGUUGACCAUCAAAACUUCUAUCGUACUGUUCGUAAAGAAAUAAAACUUCUCCGCUCUGCUCUGCCAUCUGGUAUUUGGGUGAAAGGAUUUGAAGAUCGAAUGGACCUAUACUCUGUUAUGAUUCGAGGACCUGAAAAGACACCAUAUGAAGAUGGGUUGUUUUUAUUUGACUUUCAACUUUCUCCCAACUAUCCAAAUGAACCUCCACUUUGUCAUUACAUUAGCUACUGCAGUGAUAGAUUGAAUCCAAACCUUUAUGAAGAUGGUAAGGUCUGUGUUAGUUUACUUGGAACAUGGAGCGGUAAGGGAACAGAACUUUGGUCUUCAAGCUCAAACCUGCUCCAAGUUAUUGUGUCAAUUCAAGGGUUAAUACUUGUAAAUGAGCCUUACUUCAAUGAGGCUGGAUAUGAAAAGCAAAAAGGUAGCCAACAAGGAAGAGAGAACUCCCGAAUGUAUAAUGAAAUGGUACUUCUGAAGCUGGUUCAGGCUAUGUCUAAAUUAGUUCAGAAUCCUCCACCAGCAUUUGAAGAAGAUAUAAGAUCACAUUUUCAACUUCAUGCUCCAAGAUUUUCCGCACGCCUGAGUAAAUGGCUGGAAGUUUCAGAUCGUUACAAUAACUUGCACCCUCUUUCACCUACUACUCCCACAUCAUUUAAAGAAAUUGCUGGAGAUGAUCUUGCAUUGCCGGAGUUUCCAUUAAUUCCAGCCUCAAAAGGGUUUUGCUUGACUCUAAAGAAAACAUUAUCUUGUUUUAAAGAAAUUAUGUCAAUUCGUGGCAUAAUUCCAUCCGAAAAUGUUGGAGAAACGCUGUCUGAAAAUGAACCUAUGCCAUCAACCUCUAGUUAGCAGUGAGUGGUUGGUGCCAUACAUCCCAUUAAACAUUUAAAAUCAGCGGACAUUACUUGUACCCUUUCUGAAAGAGGUAGUUUGUAAUUGUUCUAUGGUUGACAUUAUCUCUGCUGCCAGUGGUACGGUGAGUGGAAACCAGUUCCUACAUCAGUGCUUUUUAAUAUGUUUUGUGUUAGGCAAUGUCAACACUAAACAAGAGUAAACUUGCAUAUGAAGAACAACUUUUAAAAUGUGAUAAGAAUCAUUAAUUUAAAAUUAAAAUUAUGAGAGCCAGGAUGAAGUAUUCUCUUAACAUGAAAAAUAAAUACAGAAACAAACUUUCACUUGGUAAUCAGAUUCUGGAAGGUAAUUUAAUUACAUAUGCCAUUUUAUAGAUAAUAUUGUAGACUAGAUUAUAUUUUACUGGUAGUAUGCAAUCUCAUAAAAAAAUCUUGCACUGCAAGAUUUACUCUUGUUAGGUCAAACAACACUGUGGUUUGAAGGAAGCACAAAUGCAUUGUGUUGUUUAUUGCGGUCUUGAACUAGUCAGUCAGUGUCAGAAGGAUUAGUGCUGCACUUCAGCACAAAGUUGGUUAUUGCUAAUCCAGUUCUGUUAUUGAAAUGUAGGCAAAUCUUCUUUAUGAAGAAAAUUGAGUUUUCAUAAAAGAGCUCAAAUUUGGGAGGGGGUGGGAGGGAUUGAUGUGCCACUUUCCUAUUUCUGAUAUUUACACAUUUAUCCUGCAGUGCAUGGAAUGCUGUAACAUGCCUUAAUGUACUUGUGGAUGAUAUGUAUUUUGUGAUGUAGUUUUAAUUAUUUAUUAUGAGUGAAUAGACUUGUUCAUUUUUUAAGCAUAAGUUUCAUAUUGCAUUAUUUGUAUCACUCUUUGAUUAAAAUAUUACUCUAACUGGCCCAUUGUGUAAUUUAUAAUCAUAAAUUUUAAUCAGUCUAUGUGGCUUUUGGAAGAAAAAACAUUUCUCUUUUAACUAGUUUUCCUAAGUAUUUAUGUUAUGUUACAUUGUUGGCUGAUUGCAAUGUGGCCAAUUUUCAAUUGUUUUAUUCAUACUUCAGACCUUGACAGGCUUUUUGAUGUGUGAGAGAAAAUAAUGCACAACACAAUUCUCAAAACAGAGUUGUAAAGAUUUAAAAAAUAUAAAAAAAUGUACAUAAAUUAUAGCUUAUUUGAUUUUUCUGCUGUCUUUUUGGUAACAUUUUCAGUACUGUGUCUCGAAAAAAAAAAAGUAAUUAAUAGCGAUAUUUUAAGAUUGCUGAAUUUAAAGUUAUCAACUUGUAUUUAUGUAUGAAAAUAUUUGUUGAAAGGCUAAACAAGGGUGAUACUGGACCUGCACCUGUACACUGUAAUUUGUUUUGUUUUGUGUGAUAUGUCAAAAUAAAAAAGUUUGUUGAUUUA